ACUGCAAGCAGUACAGUACGAUCAAACUAUUUGGCGCGAAAUCUAGAAGUCAUCUUCAACAUUGCUAUCAGAUCACUCUAAUCAUAGAUAAUCGGGUAGAGUAGACAAUCAAAAUGGAUAGUCGAAAACGUCCAAGAGAGGAUUUGCCGGUGGCUAAUCAUUUCAAAACACCAGAGAAACGAGUCUCGGUCGUUAGGCGAAACAGGGACUUCAUGCAGUGGGACGUUGAAGACACUUGCCGAUACAUGUGUCAGGAAGGACUCGGGUCAUUGGAAGAGAGGUUCAGAGAGGAGAAGAUCACAGGAGUAGGGCUACGCUACAUUACUGAAACACAGCUGGAGAAGAUGGGGAUAGAACCCCUUGGCACCAGACUGCAGGUCCUGCACAGCCUGCGGAAGCUCUGGCAGAUAGUAGCCGAGACUAUCAAGGUGUUCAAUGAUCCCAUACAUGGGCAUGUGGAGAUGCACCCUCUGCUGGUCCGCAUCAUUGACACACCCCAGUUCCAGAGACUUCGCUUCAUCAAGCAGCUUGGGGGGACCUACUUUGUCUUUCCCGGGGCGACCCACAACCGCUUUGAACACUCCAUAGGAGUGGGCCACCUGGCAGGGCGACUGGUCCAGGAGCUGAAUGAUCGACAGCCAGAACUUCUCAUCUCUCGCAGAGACAUCCUCUGUGUGCAGAUCGCUGGCCUCUGCCACGACCUGGGACAUGGCCCAUUCUCCCACAUGUUCGACGGGAUGUUCAUCCCCAAAGUCCGUCCAGAAACCAAAUGGAAGCAUGAGAUGGCUUCCCUGGCCAUGUUCGACCACCUGGUGCACAAGAAUGAACUGGCUGAAGUGAUGGAGCAGCAUGGUCUGGUUCUGCCUGAAGACCUGGACUUCAUCAAGGAACAAAUCGCUGGACCGACAGACAAAACCACAGGGGCAUCGUGGCCUUACAAAGGUAGACAAGAAGAGAAAUCCUUCCUUUAUGAGAUUGUAGCCAACAAGAGAAACGGCAUCGAUGUUGACAAAUGGGACUACUUUGCCCGGGACUGCUACCACCUGGGCAUUCAAAAUAACUUUGACUACCACCGCUUUCUGAAGUUUGCCCGAGUGUGUGAGGUGGACGGGAAGAAGCACAUCUGUACCAGAGAUAAGGAAGUAGGUAACCUGUAUGACAUGUUCCACACCAGGAACUGCCUGCACAGACGGGCCUACCAGCACAAAGUGGGCAACAUCAUUGAGACUAUGAUCACGGAGGCCUUCAUCAAAGCAGACCCACACAUCCAGGUUAAAGGCUCGGGUGGACAGCUAUUCACCAUCUCCACAGCCAUAGACGAUAUGGAGGCCUAUUCUAAACUUACAGACCAUGUGUUUGAGCAGAUCCUCUACUCCUCCCCUCCUGAGCUGGCUGAGGCAAGAGAGAUUCUAGAGAACAUCACCUGCCGACGUCUCUACAAGUGUGUGGGCCAGACUCAGGCUGAGAAACACCUGGAGAUCUCACAGGAAGUCCUCCUGAAGUGGGCUGACCAGGUGGCAAGAUCCAGGCCUCAGAUGGACCCAGCUGCUGGUCUGCAACCAGAGGACUUUGUAGUUAAUGUCAUCAACAUGGACUAUGGGAUGAAGGAGAAGAACCCAAUCAAUAAUGUGCGCUUCUACUGCAAGAACGACCCCACCAAAGCCAUUCAAAUCCGCAAGAAUCAGGUGUCCAAGCUCCUGCCUGAGAGGUUUGCGGAGCAACUCAUCCGGGUCUACUGUAAGAAGACUGAUGAGAGGAGCGUGGAGGCUGCAAAGAAGCACUUUGUCCAAUGGUGCAUGGACAUGAACUUCUCCAAACCACAGGACGGAGAUGUGAUUGCGCCUGAACUUACCCCUUUGAAAGCAAGCUGGGCCAACCAUUAUGGUGAAGAUGAUGAUGAUGAUGAUGAAGGUGAUGAAGGUCACAGCCGGGAAGGAAAUGUCUGGACUAGUAUGAAUGGGCAACAGGAGAAAGCUAGGUCUAGACUCUUUUAGGAGAAGUCUAACUUGGUUGUUACAGUUCUUCUAUCAUCUUUUAUUUCCAUUUUAUAAUUUUACUUUCAGAUAUUUUUCAGUUGGCAUGUUUUCAAUGUCAAUGUAUCUAUGUUUUAUAUAAUGCCUUUAUUCAGUAUGAUCAUGGAAUCAUAACAAAUAUUCCUCAGGUGAGCUCUGUGCUUUCGUGUCACCAAACAUAUUCUAGCUUUUCUAAUGUUCACUUUUUGGUGCACAAGAGAUCCUCCAGCUUUUAUAUGAGAGCCAAGGUUAAGGUCUGAUCCAUCAAGGUGAAAGUUACACUUAAAAUCCUUUUGGACUAUCAUGUUAAAUAUACUGUCUGUUCUGUUCUUGUUUUCUCAAAGCUGAAUGUAUAUUUAUUUUGGAAGGUUUGCAGUAAAUGAUACAUAAAUGUAUGCAUCAGAACAUCUUUCUUCAGGGCAUUGUCAAUAUUUUGUUAACAACAUUGCUAAUGCUGUUAUUGUUGUCAUCUAAAUUAACACCAGUUCCUCCCCACCAACCCGCACUUUCUCCCUUGCAAAUAGAAUUAUGGGUUUGAGCAUCAUAGUUACUAAUGGGUCAAAUGUAUGCUGUUUGUGAUUAGGAUUUGAAAUUAAGACUUGUCAUCUUUAGUGUAUACAUUUGUGCAACUACAUAGUAAACCUAUAGUUAUGUUUUUAAGAUGAGGUUACUAUGGGGAUUCUUUGUAGGUCUAGAUGAUACACAGGAGUAAAGUGCUAUUUAAAGUAAUAUUUUGUUGACACGUUUUUGACUGCAUGUGGGGUUACAUUUACCCAACGUUAUUGACAUGUAUUACCUUUUACUUGGUUUCUGUGUUUGCUGUGCUAAGUUUUCUACUAUGUUUACACUUUAACUUGACCAUAUCUAUUAUUACCAGUUAUGAAGUACAAUUCAUAACUGGAGUUUGGAGUAUAAUUUAGAAAGCGUAAUGGCUGUGUACCUACUUUACCAAAGCAAUAUAUUUCCUAGAGCCAAACCCUGAAAGACUAACUGUUUUGUCAUGCUGUGUCCAUUUGUAGUUCCCAUUGAUGUUGGAAACAGUAUGUUUUGUCUCGUCAUUUGAAAAAUGAAUCUGAUGUGGCUGACCCCUGCAUAUAAAAUAUAUCUUUCUCUCA